CCGUGAGGUCUGGAUGUUUUUUAUUAUUCCAUUUGCAAAUGAAGAAAAGUAAUAAGGGUUGGAGAGCUCUUGUGAUCUGUAAAGGGGUGUGAGCUUUGAGUUCUAACCCCCUCAUCUUGUGCUGCCCCAAUGGACUUACCUAGAUAAACCACCAGUUGAGGGAGAUUUGUUCUGGUUGAGUCUCCCUGGACCUCUGCAUGACUGUCUCUUGGAUAGGGUAGUGUCAGUGUCCAGAGUGAAGGUGUUUAAUACGGUCCUGAUACCUUUUUCUGUAUAAGUUGUCCUUUUCCUAGUUUCCAUGGAAGUCCCUAUCCUUAGCUUCUUUAAAAGCCUAGGUGUAUUCAGAGCGUUAAAAAGGCUGUGUUAGGGUUACAGGUGUGCCUCAUUCUCAUCCCUCCUUGCUGCUGGAAGGUGUUGAGGCCUGGGAUCUCCCAAGUCUGAAGGUCAGCAUCCUUCAAAGACUUGGAUCAGCUCACCCAACAACAAACACCCUCCAUCUCCGAUGGACCCCCUCAUCUCACCUCCUUGAAGUUGACACUAGAUCCAUCCACCUGAUUAGAUCCCCACAUGGAAUAGCAACCCUUAGUUGUAGUGCUAAUGCAUUUCGUCCUGAGGGAAUAUUCAGAUUUGCACUGUGUAUGGUGCUUUCAAACCAUGACCUUCCUGACCUUCACAAUCGCUUUGUGAAUUAUGUUUAAUGAUCCCCAUUUUCAAGCUUUUCUGUUGUAUGAGGAGCUGACUCCAGCCUCUUCUCUGUAUCCAGCUAACUGUACUGAAAUAGGACAUUUCCAUCCAGUGGAAAAGGCUCUAGGAUGACUCGUCUGAGACUCCAGACCUGAGCACUUCGCUGGAGCUAUACCAAUGGCCCUAUGACCAAGUGGAUAGCACUCCUUGGGCCUGGGACCCAGAACCCUGGCUGAUCACACUGAAGCAGGAUGCUCCAUCAGGUGAAUGACCACAGCUUGGGCUCUGGUGGCCAAAGCAGGGCAUCCCUCAGAGAAGACCUGCAGGAGUUCCUGGGCAGGGAGACCCCACUGCACCAGCUGGAUGACCUGACCAAGGUGAAUCCUGUGACACUGGAGACAGUUCUUAGGUGCCUACAGGCCCGGUACAUGGCAGACGUGUUCUAUACCAAUGCUGGCUGCACUCUGGUAGCUUUGAACCCCUUUAAGCCGGUCCCUCAGCUCUAUACACUGGAGCUGAUGAGAGAGUACCAUGCUGCAUCUGAACUCCAGAAACUGAAGCCCCACAUCUUCACUGUAGCUGAACAGACCUACAGGAAUGUCAAGAGCCUGAUACACCCCGUCAACCAGUCCAUUGUGGUCAGUGGAGAGAGUGGUGCUGGAAAGACAUGGACGUCCCGUUGCCUCAUGAAGUUCUACGCUGUGGUGGCCGCUGCACCGACUUCCUGGGAGAGCCCCAAGAUUGCGGAGAGGAUUGAGCAGCGCAUCCUGAACUCCAACCCUGUCAUGGAAGCUUUUGGGAAUGCGUGUACGCUGAGGAAUAACAACAGCAGUCGCUUUGGGAAGUUCAUCCAGCUGCAGCUGAACAGGGCCCAGCAGAUGACAGGAGCUGCGGUUCAGACCUACCUCCUAGAGAAAACCCGCGUGGCCUGCCAGGCCUCCAGUGAAAGGAACUUCCACAUCUUCUACCAGAUCUGCAAAGGAGCCAGUGAGGACGAGAGGCUCCAGUGGCACCUUCCCAAGGGAGCUGCCUUCUCCUGGUUGCCAAACCCCGAGAGGACUUUGGAAGAAGAUUGCUUCGAGGUGACCCGAGAGGCCAUGCUGCAUUUAGGCAUCGACUCCACCACCCAGAACAACAUCUUUAAGGUCCUUGCUGGGCUGCUGCACCUGGGUAACAUCCGCUUUGCUAACUCAGAGGAUGAAGCCCAACCCUGCCAACUGAUGGACAAUGCCAAGUGCUCUGUCAGGACAUCAGCCUCACUGCUGGGACUCCGUGAGGACAUGCUGCUGGAGACAGUGCGGAUUCGAACCAUCAGGGCAGGCAAGCAGCAGCAGGUGUUCCGGAAGCCCUGCCCCCAAGCAGAGUGUGACACCCGCAGGGACUGUCUGGCCAAAGUGGUCUAUGAGCGACUCUUUGACUGGCUGGUGUCGGUGAUCAACAGCAGCAUCUGUGCAGACCCUGACGCGUGGACUGCUUUCAUAGGCCUUCUGGAUGUGUAUGGAUUUGAGUCAUUUCCUAACAACAGUCUGGAACAGCUGUGCAUCAACUACGCCAACGAGAAGCUGCAGCAGCACUUCGUGGCUCACUAUCUACGGGCUCAGCAGGAGGAAUACGCACUUGAGGGCCUGGAGUGGUCUUUUGUCAGUUACCAGGACAACCAGACCUGUUUGGAUCUCAUCGAGGGGAGCCCCAUCAGCGUCUGCUCCCUUCUCAAUGAGGAAUGCCGUCUUAACCGGCCGAGCAGCGCCGCCCAGCUCCAGACACGCAUUGAGGGUGCCCUGGCUGGAAGCCCCUGCCUGGGCCACAACAAGCUUAGCCGGGAGCCCAGUUUCAUCGUGGUGCAUUACGCAGGGCCUGUGCGGUACCUCACAGCAGGCCUGGUGGAGAAGAACAAGGACCCUGUGCCUCCUGAACUGACUGAGCUCCUGCAGUUAUCCCAGGACCCACUUCUCACAGUGCUGUUCCCUACUCAACCCAAAGAGAAGACUCAGGAAGAACCCCCUGGCCAGAGCAGGGCCCCUGCAUUGACUGUGGUGUCCAAGUUCAAGGCCUCCCUGGAACAGCUCCUGCUGGUCCUACACAGCACCACACCCCACUACAUUCGCUGCAUCAAGCCUAACAGCCAGGGCCAGCCGCAGACCUUCCUCCAAGAGGAGGUCCUGAGCCAGCUGGAGGCCUGUGGCCUUGUGGAGACCAUCCACAUCAGUGCUGCUGGCUUCCCCAUCCGGGUCUCUCACCAGAACUUCAUGGAGCGGUAUGCAUCACUGAGAAGGCUCCGUCCUCACACACCAUCUGGACUCCAUAACCUGUGUGCUGCCAGAGGGCACUCCGGACAGCUUCCCUGCAGUGAGGAGACUACGCUGCAGACUGUCCUGCGGGACCUUCUCCAUGCUCUGCCAGCGCUAACUCGGACGGCAGCCACACCUGCUGACCCACUACACUGCGGCAAGACCAAGGUGUUCAUGACUGAGUCCACGCUAGAGCUCCUAGAAGGCAGGCGUGCACAGGUGCUGGAGCAGUGUGCCCGCUGCAUCCAGAGUGGCUGGAGGCGACACCAGUACCGAAAGCAGGAGAGGCAGAGGCAGGCAGCCGUUCUCAUUCAGGCAGCCAUUCGUUCCUGGUUAACUCGGAAACAUAUCCAGAGGCUGCACGCAGCUGCCACGGUCAUCAAGCGCGGCUGGCAGAAGUGGAGAGUAAGAAUGGCCUGCCUUGCCUCUAAAGAACUGGAUGGUAUUGAAGAGAAGCCCUUCUCUCAAGUUCCUGGUUCCCUGAGCUCCUCCCCGCUACCCCCAGGGCAGAGCAGGCUCCAGGGGGCAAUAAUCCGCCUCUGGCCCUUGGGACUGGUCCUGGCCAACGCAGCUGUGGGUGUGCGCGGCUUUCAGAGGAAACUGGUCGUCUGCGCCUGCCUCCAGCUUCCCUCAGGCAAUCCCAGCACCUGCACCGUCCAGACAGCACAGGGCCAGACUGGCGUCAUGUCCAUCCGAGCACUGCCUCAGGGCUCGAUAAAGUUUCACUGCAGGAAGUCUCCACUGCGCUACGCGGACAUCUGCCCUGAACCUUCGCCCUACAGUGUUACUGGCUUUAAUCAGAUUCUGCUGGAAAGACACGGGCCAGUCCACGUCUGAGCUCACCCCUCCUCCCAUCUGGUGGGUGAUCCUUGGUGCCUCUGUUUCUCCAAGGCUUUUCCCUGCCAGCUGCACCUGCCUUGCCAAAGACAUUUAACCAAUAACUGCCAAAUUAUUCCCACAGCAGCUCCAGCCUGCCAGCAAGGGCUGCGUGGCCAGCACACCAGCAGGCCUGGGGCUACAGUCCAAGCAUCGGCAGGGGUCAGGGUUGGUGGUUACCAAGCCAGGACUGGAGCCACAGGGAACUUCCCAUUUCACCACCCUCUCAGACGAAACUCGGUGCAACUGUCCUAGAGUGUGUAUCUGUCACUACAGGGGCACCCCACCCCACAAGCACUUUAGAAGAAAAUGGGCAAGUCAACCUAAAAUUAGCUCUAGAAUUUUAGCUGGGCAAAAAUUUGCAUUUAGUUCCUAAAACAAAAUUUUCAUAUUUUAAUAAGCUGUUGAUUUAUUAGGGACUACAAUGAACAGUGCAAUGUACAAAUGAACUGCCAUAUCUUGAUUUUAUUAACACUGAUCCAGUUUUUAACUCAUGGGUAUAAAACUUGAUAUUUAUGAUGUCUA